AAUAAAAAUAAAACCAGGAGAAUACGUGACUUCAGGAAAAAAGAAUAUCCCUGCGCGGAAUUGCGGAAUUUACCCAAUUGCAUUGAUACUGUCGGCUGAUGCUGGUCGGCGUCCUGAACUUUUACGGAGUACUUCUGAUCAACUUUUAGUCUUCCCAGGUUUGCUACAAGCCCACAACCAGUUUUCUUCUCUCACCCAGUUUCUAGUUUUACCCACGGUAGGAGAUGAGUUCCUUAGCUUCAUUUGGGUCGACUUACCUCGAUCGUGGCUGCCCCCUGAAUUUCCAGGGUGAAUGGAAGAGCUCGAAGCUAAGGAAGCUCUGCGUGAGAGCUUCUUCAGCGGCUGCCCAAGCUCAACAAUCGGAAAAGUUUCGAAUAGGUGUUCUUGGAGCCAGUGGCUACACUGGUUCAGAGAUUAUCAGACUCCUAGCGAAUCAUCCACAAUUCAAGAUUACUCUAAUGACCGCAGACAGAAAAGCUGGACAAUCAAUAGAGUCAGUUUUUCCUCACUUGGUUUCACAAGAUUUGCCAAAUCUGGUUUCUGUCAAGGAUGCAGAUUUUUCCUCUGUGGAUGCUGUGUUUUGUUGUUUACCACAUGGAACGACCCAGGAAAUCAUCAAAGGUCUGCCAACUAGUCUAAAAGUGGUUGAUCUUUCUGCGGACUUCAGAUUGCGUGAUGUUGCUGAAUAUGAUGAAUGGUAUGGUCAGCCUCAUAGAGCACCAGAGUUGCAGAAAGAAGUAGUAUAUGGUUUGACUGAGAUUUACAGAGCAGACAUUAAUGAUGCACGAUUAGUUGCAAAUCCUGGCUGUUAUCCAUCAUCUGUUCAACUCCCUCUAAUUCCACUGAUAAAGGCUAACCUCAUUGAGUUAAAAAACAUCAUAAUUGACGCGAAAUCUGGUGUUAGUGGAGCAGGACGUGGUGCAAAAGAGGCCAAUCUGUACACUGAAAUAGCAGAAGGGAUACAUUCUUAUGGCAUUACAAGGCAUCGCCAUGUUCCAGAGAUUGAACAAGGAUUGUCAGAAGCUGCAAAUUCAAAAGUUACAAUUAGUUUCACUCCACAUUUGAUGCCAAUGAGCCGUGGUAUGCAAUCAACUAUUUAUGUAGAAAUGGCUCCUGGAGUUACAACUGAUGAGUUAUACCAGAAUUUAAGGAGCUUUUAUGAGAAUGAAGAAUUUGUAAUAUUGCUAAAGGGCAAAGAAGUCCCCCAUACCCGACAUGUCCGAGGAUCCAAUUACUGUCUCAUGAAUGUUUUUCCAGACCGAAUCCCAGGGAGAGCUAUAAUAAUAUCAGUCAUUGAUAAUCUCGUGAAGGGUGCCUCUGGUCAAGCCUUGCAGAACCUCAACGUGAUGAUGGGAAUUCCUGAAAAUUCAGGGCUUCAUUGCAUUCCUUUAUUUCCUUGAGAUGUUUUUUGUUUGACCUCAUCACCCUGGUCACAUUUCCACAUGUAUCAAUAGUUUUCUUCAUGCCUUAAUGAUGAAGUUCCCAUAACGUUAUAGGCUCAGAGUCUCAGACCCCCAACUGGCCAUUUUCCCCUAGUGUAAAAAUAAGGUGUGCUAAAAAGCACCAAGUUUUAGGCUUACAUCCCUAAAUUUAUGUAUGUAUGGAAUAAAGCAAUAAAAAGCUGUAUUACUUUUAGCACAUUGUUUUUCUCAUGCUAGUUGGUGGAGAGGCUUUACAUCAUGUAAUCACAUUGAAUUUCAACUGCUUUUCAAUUUUCACAAU